AUGUCCCUCGUCAAUAAGCCAACGAAAGCAGGCAGCCCGAUCGAUCGCGAGGACCUAUUCAAGUACACGAACGGACGUUUCUUAGCGAACGAGAAGAAGGCGGUUGAUCGCAGAUAUGUAACAUUCGACUUAGAUCAGCUUUGCGCCGUAGCUGCGACUACUGGUGGGCGGUACUCGCCCGUGUGCGCAAUCGACAAGAUGGAAGGGGGGUUCAGUAAAGCACUUCUUUUACGCAGAGAGGAUGGAAGCGAGGUCGUUGCGAAGAUACCUUUCCCUAUCGCGGGGCCACCAAAGUACACCACGGCGUCGGAGGUGGCUGUUCUCAUAUACCGGCCGGAUUUGUCUUCAUAUGGAACUGCUCUCGUCGAACGAGAACUCGCAAUUCUGCAAAAUCGCACUUCCGAUGCAACAUUUGAUUCACCGCGAGGAACUCUCGAUGAGCAGAUCGAUACUCUUAAUAUGACCAAAGAGGUCAUGUCUCGACUGAACGACCGCACGCUCAUCGGAAAGGUUUCUGAGCCGGUGCUAUGGCACACAGACCUCCACAUGGGCAACAUAUACGUGUCAGGGCGGAUGCCACCACAAAUCUCAUCGAUCAUCGACUGGCAGUCUAUUGUAGUCUCGCCACUGUUCUUGCAAGCACGAUUUCCGAAAUUUCUCACAGUCGAUGAUGACUACAAAUUGGGUACUAUCAAGCUUCCAGACCUGCCGCCUGAUCUAGACAAAAUGAAUGCUGAAGAUAGGGAACUGGCUGAGUACAAGUUUCAGCAAGCUAAAGAAGCAAAGGUGUACGAAGUCAGUACCGCAGCCACGAAUAUGCGGGUUUGGAGGUGUUUGCUGAUAUCAUCAUUCCUCCGCGAGCUCUUCACUCGAUGCGGAGAGGUAUCGGAAGAGGGCGAGAUACCACUUCGCGCGUGUCUCCUCCAGGUUGUUGAUUUAUGGGACGAAAUUGGCUUCGAAGGCGAAUGUCCGCUCAACUUCAGCGAAGAGGAUGUGCAAAGGCUUGAGCAACAGUUCGAAAAGUACAGUAACUACCACAAAGUACACGAAUUUGCGAGAGGAAUUCUCAAUGCUGAUUUCGAAGGCUGGAUCAAUCCGAUGUUGGACUUUCCUGCGAAACAACAGCAGAACAAGGAAUUGCUAGAAGAGUUCGUGCGCAGGAGUAGUGAGUUUGGCAUGACACCGGAAGAGAUGAGGAGAAUUUGGCCGUACUCGGAACGAGAUUGA